AUGAGCAUAGACCGAAAGCAGCGAAAAAAGAAUCAGAAGCGUGAACAACAACAAGACGCCUGUCGAGAAAGAGAACCUGACAUCGCGAACCUUUCCAUUGCAGAAGAAAACUUCGUUAGUUCCUACAAUGAAGCAACACACGGUCCGCUUAAGAGAGGCAAGGUGAAGUGGUUCAACGUUGCGAAGGGAUGGGGCUUCAUCACCCCCAACGAUGGCAGCCCGGACGUGUUCGUUCAUCAGUCGACCAUUCAGAUGCCGGGCUUCAGAAGACUUUGUGAGAACGAGGAGGUGGAGUUCACCGUGAGGGAGGGCAAGCGCGGCCUCGAGACCACGCUGGUGCAGGGGCUAGAGGGCGCCAAGUGCCUCGGUUCGCAGACCGAACCAUCAACUUCAUUCAGACCACGUAGACGCAAGUGCUACAAUUGCCAAAACUUCAGGCACUUCGCCCGCGACUGCUCCGAGUCGCGUCAGCCCAAGCGCUGCCGUGCACCACUGCAAUGCCGACGUCCAUCUCGUCACAGACUGUCAUUUGCUCCCGGAAAGUGUUGCCCGUUCCAACGCCAGCAGUGA